CCCUCCCCCGCCCCCAGACUCCCACCCUUAGGUUCCUUUUCCUGCAAGAUCGCAGAGGUGGCGCGCAGCCCGCCGAGCCCAUGACGGACCCUUGCCUCCUGCCUUCAAUGCAUCAGCAGCAGACCCCCAAAGGCUGGAGAGAGGAGGGCUGCGUCUGGACAUCCUCCCGGCGACGCUGCUCGGACCUGGUGCUCCUGGUGGAUGAGACUGGCGAUUGAGCAAGCCUCUGCCACCGCCUUCGCUGUCGCCCGACCAGUUGUUGCCGUCGGUCGGGACCGGUACCCGCCUUGCGCCUUCUGCCGCCGGGUCCAGAUCGGGUCCCGGCAUUGGGCGCCCCGGGGCUCUCCCCGCGCCUGCAGCCGCCCGCGCGCCGACUGCCCGCCGCGUCCUCCUGACAGCUGCGGCGGCGGCGAUGAUGCAGAGGAGGAGGGUGCUGCCGGCGGCAGUGCUCAUGGUGGCGGUCGGCGCCCGGGUGUGAUGAGAGCGUCAUGGUGGAGAUGCUGGCUUCGCGGCGGUGAGAGAGCAAAGGAGGGUGAGAGCCAGCCAAGGGCGGAAGAUAGAACAGUUCCGAUCGCGAUCGCUUUCUUUCCUCUCUCGCUUCCCCUGCACUGUAUUUUGCCCGUGGUUUGCAUAUUUAAAAUCUCUGGACUCCAUCCUCUCCCUACCAACGAAGUCUCCCCGUUUCUAAAUGGAAUUAGUGGAGAUCGGAGCCUCUGGUGUAACGCACAGACAUGAUCUAUGGACGCAGUUUGUUUCACAUUAUAGCAAGUUUAAUCAUCCUCCAUUCUUCUGGAGCAACCAAGAAAGGAACAGAAAAACAAAUCACUUCGGAAACACAGAAAUCAGUGCAGUGUGGAACUUGGACAAAACAUGCAGACGGAGGUGUCUUUACCUCUCCCAAUUAUCCCAGCAAGUACCCCCCUGACCGAGAGUGUGUCUACAUCAUAGAAGCUGCUCCAAGGCAGUGCAUUGAACUUUAUUUUGAUGAAAAAUACUCAAUUGAACCAUCUUGGGAAUGCAAAUUUGAUCAUAUUGAAGUUCGAGAUGGACCUUUUGGCUUUUCUCCAAUAAUUGGAAGGUUCUGUGGACAACAAAAUCCACCUGUAAUAAAAUCUAGUGGAAGAUUUCUGUGGAUUAAAUUUUUUGCUGAUGGCGAACUGGAGUCUAUGGGAUUUUCAGCUCGGUAUAAUUUCACACCUGAUCCCGACUUUAAGGACCUUGGAGUAUUGAAACCAUUGCCAGCGUGUGAGUUUGAGAUGGGCGGUCCUGAAGGAAUUGUGGAGUCGAUACAGAUUCUGAAGGAAGGCAAAGCUUCUGCCAGUGAAGCCGUGGAUUGCAAGUGGUACAUCCGAGCCCCGCCACGAUCCAAGAUUUACUUACGUUUCUUGGACUAUGAGAUGCAGAAUUCAAAUGAGUGCAAAAGGAACUUCGUGGCCGUGUACGAUGGAAGCAGCUCGGUGGAGGACUUGAAGGCCAAGUUCUGCAGCACGGUGGCUAACGACGUGAUGCUGCGCACAGGUCUGGGGGUGAUCCGCAUGUGGGCGGACGAGGGCAGCCGCAACAGCAGGUUUCAGAUGCUCUUCACCUCCUUUCAAGAACCUCCUUGUGAAGGCAACACGUUCUUCUGCCACAGUAACAUGUGUAUCAACAACACGCUUGUCUGCAAUGGGCUCCAGAACUGUGUGUAUCCCUGGGAUGAAAACCAUUGUAAAGAAAAGAGGAAAACCAGCCUGCUGGAUCAGCUGACCAACACCAGUGGGACGGUCAUUGGCGUGACUUCCUGCAUUGUGAUCAUCCUUAUUAUCGUUUCUGUCAUUGUACAGAUCAAACAGCCUCGUAAAAAAUACGUCCAAAGGAAGUCAGACUUUGACCAGACCGUUUUCCAGGAGGUGUUUGAACCUCCUCAUUAUGAGUUAUGUACGCUCAGAGGAACUGGAGCCACGGCUGACUUUGCAGAUGACUUUGAGAAUUACCAUAAACUGCGGAGAUCAUCUUCCAAAUGCAUCCAUGACCAUCACUGUGGAUCCCAACUCUCCAGCGCAAAAGGCAGCCGCAGUAACCUCAGCACAAGGGACGCUUCCAUCUUGGCAGAGAUACCCACCCAGCCAGUUAAGCCCCUCAUCCCACCCGUGAACAGAAGGAACAUCCUGGUCAUGAAACACAACUACUCGCAAGAUGCGGCAGAUGCCUGUGACAUCGAUGAGAUUGAGGAGGUGCCCACUACCAGCCACAGGCUAUCCAGACAUGAGAAAUCCGUUCAGCGGUUCUGCCUCAUUGGGUCUCUAAGCAAACAUGAAUCUGAAUACAACACAACUAGGGUCUAAAACGCAAACUCAAGGAUGCAUAUACUUGACACCCAUCACUUGUGAUGAAAUCCACCUUUUCAUGUUUGACUAGUCAAUUUAUUUGUUACCAUAUGUAACUUUGUGUUCAUUAAUUCAAAUUUGGCCUCCAAGAUUAUCACUUAAAUUAGUUACCUUGUUUUUUUUUAUUGUCUAAGCUCUAUAGAAAUUCCUAGUGGACAGUAAUAUUUUUGAAUGAAUAAUGUCACACUUGGUAUCUAUGACAUGAUGUGAUUCAUUACACAAUGAAGAUAAGAAGAUAAAUGGAUAAACCACCAUUUGCCUGUUGUGUAAACUUACAGAUUUUCCGGUUCUUUAAAGAUCUACAAAAUGUUGCUGAUCUGCUUAUUCUAUGCUUAAAUACAUUUAAUACCUCAAAUCCACUGAACAACAGACACCAUUUUAGAUAUCAAACUGAUUUAAGCAUGAUAACAAGAAUGGGUGACUAGCAUAUCUAUCUUUGAUAUAAUUUCUUUAUGGGAAAAUAAUUUCUCUUGGAGGAUGGGCCUCCCCUUGGAUGCUGAUCACAUGAUCUACAGGCAUUGGUUGUUCAAGGGACGAGAUGCUGAUGUCACUGUCCAGAGUCCUACAGGCCUGGUAUUGUCCCUAUGAGAAAUGCUAAGUACUAAAUCUUGAAGUGCAAGAAUCAAAAAAAAAAAAAAAAGGAAAAAAAAAGAAAAGAAAAGCUACAAGGUAAAUUUUUGAGCUCCCUACUUGUGCCUUCAGAGAAUCCAAUCCAAUUUUGAAAUUUGUCAAUAUAUUAAAAUUACCUAUUAAAUAACUACAUUAAACUUUACCACUUGAAUAUCAACCUUUGGACAACCUUCAAAAAUGGUGGUACUUACAACAAAAGGAAGGAGUGGUUUAAAACUAUCAAGCUUAGCAGUUAGCAAUAUUUUAUUCUCAAAGCUAAUUCAAAUAAACUAGCAGCAUAAGAGCUACAUUGAUUCAAUGAGAUGUUUUCAAAUACAUCACUAUGUGAAUUUGGCGAAACUGCUGGUUUUGAUUCAAGCGUUUGUAUUCACCUUUCGGAUUCUUGAUGGGCUUUUAUUUUUACACAGACUACCCAUGAAGACCUGAGUUAAGCUUUUUACUUCUCUUCAAGUGCAAACAUUCUGACUUUGUAUCUGAAUUUUUCUGCACCUGUUUUUAUACACAUUUAGAUUUUAUGCAUCAUUUCACAAAAUAGACAUGAUAUUCGAUUUUUCUCAGCUUAUUUUAGUCAGAUAAUUAAAAUGUGCAAAAAACAUAAUUGGAGAUCAAUGUCACUAGGCCUUUAAAUAAAAAUCAACACCAUCCUGGAGAUGCUGAAUCUUUCAUUAAUUUUUGUUCUAUUAAAAAAUUUUCAGAGCAUUAAAUGAUUAAAAAUUCUUCUUAUAAAUAUUUUAAGUUUGGCCUUCAACAUCAUUUGAACAUCUCUUAAGUUUUAUGUUAGCGUCUAUGUUUCCCCACAAGAAGUCAAGAUUUCCUCAUGUUAUAAGUUUUAUUCCUUUUAUAUUUAAAUCAAGAAUGGAUUUACUUGAACUCAUAUAUUGAAAUAAAGUCAAAUAAUAUGAUUCUGAGUCUACAUCACCUUUGUCAAACAGAAACAAUGCAACGGUGUUUGAUAAUGGAGUAAAUGAUACCAUCUAGUUUGAGUAAUAGCAGUUCCCAAAACUGGGGGGGAGUUAAACAAAAGAAUUAUUUAAAAUUGAUCUGUAUCCUAAAUGAAUUUGAUGUGGAUAGUGAGUUUAUUUCCUGUCUAAUUUGAGCAGAAGGGUGAGUCGCUAUGUGUAUUUUCCUCAAUUAAACAAUUUCUAUUUAUCACAGCAUGAUGAAAAAAAUACAGCCAAAAAUUUGUUAGAUAUGUAAAGAAUAAAAUUAAUGAAACUUAAUUACUAGUUCCUUAUCUAUUUAACUUUUCUUAUACUCCCUUUAAGGAUUGGAGAAAUACAUGGCAAAAAUAAAGGGAUGUGAUUUUUAUCAUUAAUCCAGAUCAACAAGUCCAACACAACUUUUAAUUAAGAAUUACAGCUAUUCAUUUUUUAAUAAAUUCAGAUUUUACUAAAGUUCUUUUAAUUAAAUUAUAUUAUUUGAGUAAAUCCAGCAGUGUAACCAAGGCAAGAAAAAAUAAUGCCAAGCUCAUAAUUCACUAUUUUCCUCGUGACACCAGGUUAUAUGCAUUCUGGUAUUUUCUUAAAGAGAAAAAAUGUUCUUCUAACAUACCUCAAUUUCCUUAUGUUAGAAAACAAGAAAAUAAAGGCAACCAUCAUCAUGUUUCUGUCAUUUUCUUGGAGUAUUUAGGAAAGUUCCUUAUUCUGGUCUACCAUUAUGUUCACAUCGUCACUUUUCUAUUCAGUGGCCACAUGUUCACGUACCCAUCAUCUUCUUUCUCUUUAACCAGUGAGCCAUGAUACUAUCCAAAACUGUUUGGGGGUCUCUUCUAAUACAGAGAGUCACUUGAAAACUAAAUUAAAAUUAACACUGACGAGCAAGCGUGAUGUGUAAGUCACUAAAAAUAAACACAUUCCUUUUAUAUCACAUUAUUAACCUUGGACUCUAUUCGCUCUGCUUCCCUUGAGGUUAACUUUAUAUCAGCAUUCCUAGAUUUUCUUGUCUGUGCAAUCUAUGUGACAAAACCUCUACUUCAGUACAUUGGGGAUGAAGAUAAUGAUGGAGAUUGGUGGAGGAAUGGUUCUUAGAACUGCAGAAGAAAACUAUUCACAUUGUUUUUUACCAUGUGGCCCAUCUUGAACCACUAGUUAGAUUUUCCUGGGUCCGAAUCCUCUGUACAACAAGAAAACAUGGUUGACUGUAAAGCAAAUAGAUGAUAAUGGAUAAUGGAGAAGUAAGAAGUUGAUUAGAAUAGCAUUUUCUUAGGAACACCAUAGGAACUCUGUGAAGUGUAGGCUACCUAAGCAGACAGAGAAGGGGACCAUUACCAACAGAUGCAGAGAAACAUUUGUGUUUAGAGUGAUUAGGUAAAAUACAGACUGGAAGACGUCCUACUUGAGUUAGAUGGUAAGUAACGAAGGGUUACAGAAAAUAUAGUUCAAAGAAUAGAUGGGGUUGAUGUGGUUUCUGAGUAUAGUAGGUUCUGACCAAAGAGUUUAUCUUUUGUUCAAAGGUGAUGAUUUUAGUACAUUUUUGGAAAAGUAUGAAGGGGAACUUCUCUAAAGUCAGUAUUUUCUAAGUAGAAUGCAAGAUGGCUCUUAGUAAGUUGAAUUAAAAAAGGGAGAAAUAAGACAUUAAAAGUAACAGAUGGUCAGAAGAGCAGGAGUAUGUCUCGCCACCAUACUUAUUUUCUACAAUAUAUUAUUUCCAUGGUUAUGAUUAGUGAGAAAACACGGACACAUGACAAAUCCCCUUCUGAGUGAGUGAUUCGGGUGGAAUCUUUUCAUGGUUGUAUGGAAACAUGAAACCACCGCAAAUAGUGUGCACUGUUAGCCAUUGAACUGUCAAGGAAACUGGAGUGGUUUUGCAACGUUUGCAAGAUUGUGUGAGACUUAUGAGUUAUCCUAUCAAAUAGACUAACUGCUGAGGUGUUUUCACCAAUGUGCAAAUAAAACUCUGUUAAUUAGUGUACUCAUCAAGAGAAAUUGGAGCAUAUUUAUAUUACCCCACAAUUUUGUGUUUACUCAUCUGUAAAAUGUGGAUUAUAAAAAGCUUCUUUUCACAUGAAAGUGUGUGAAGACCAAAUGAUCAUGCACUGGAAAAUAUUUUUUUAUAUUCUAUGAUUCAUUGUAAAAAUAAACCAUUUUUCCUAAAUUCUGUGUAAAUUUCAUUGUGUAAUUGUCACGGUGUCAGCACAUCUAUAAAGAAUAGCCAUGAAAAGUCAUUAGCAUCUCUUACCUAGAUAAAACAUGUGACUUACAAAAGCCAUUGAAUCUGACUUCCUUUGUAUGUCAUUUUCUCCAGGACAUUUUUUUUCACACCUCCAUAUUAAAGUCUUUUUAUCACUAUGAACAGUCAUGGCACCGGGGAAGGAGAAUCCUAUUUUUG